AAUGCUGAACUCCAGUCCGCCGCGGCUGCCUGUAUCAGCAACAUCCGCCGACUUGCGCUGGCCACUGAGAAGGUGCUUCAAGAGAGACGUGUCAAGGCGCAGGCUGAGUACAUGAAGCAACUGACCCAACAACACCAGCAACUGGACGCUGGUGGCAAACAGGGCGGCGAUGAAGAGGAGGAAGAGGAGGAGGAGGAAGAAGAGGAGGAUACUGUAGGAAGCACCGUUCAGGCUGCGGCGUAG